AUGAGGGUUAACAGGUUAAAAUCAAUUUUAUUUACCGUUCCCACUUGCAAACAAUUUAACCAAUGCAUACGUCCAAAUGAGUUCACCUUUGUCAUCCCCUCUAGAGAAAUUAGAGAAUUUCAAAGCUCACCUUCACGAGCAUCCUCGUCAAAAAAAGGCGUGAAAACGGAAGCACCGAUAAAAGUAGUAUCAUCUGUACCGGCCGGAACAAUCUUGAAAGGAAUAAAUAUAUUCAAGGGUGGGUCUGACCCGAUAUCGAAACUCGACGAAGAAUAUCCUGAUUGGUUGUGGGAAUUGUUGGAUGAGGAGAAACAGAAUGCUUCGAGGGAAAACCAAUAUUCUCGAAGUUAUCACAGAUAUCAAAGAAAGCAAUUGAUUAAAAACAAUAAUUUUGAUAGGA